UAUAGCAGUUUUCUGGCUAACUGUUAACAUAGAGGAAAACUAACAGAACAGGCACACCUGUGUCCUACAGCUAACAGGUCUUUGAAGUGGAGGGCUAAGAAGAUGCCAUGAGGAUUAUGUUCAGGAGGAUGGGAUAAACAUGUUGUUAACUUUAUGGAUACGUUAUGGAGAAAACCACUCUCCAUGGCUUGUCUGAAGUGGCAGUUACAUCCCUGGUCAAGAAUAAAGGGUAGUUUCUAAGCCUCAAGGACUACUAACUACAACAAGGACUACUAACUACAACAAGGACUACUAACCACAAUAAGGACUACUAACUACAACAAGGAAUACUAACUACAACAAGGCCUCAACUGACAGGUUCUGCUAUCCUCCUGAGGGAACUCCACUCUGACCAUGAGGGACCGCCUGGAGGAGCUGCGUCAGAGGGCCCAGGAGUUCCGGGAGGCAAGAAACAAGGCAGAUGAGACCCCAUUCCCUGAGGAAGACACUGACUCAGAUGACCCAGCGUGGGUUAGUGUCGCCACCCGGCAGCAGGCUGUGGUGUUUGAGGAGGAACCAGUCCUGGACAACUUCCUGUCCGAGGCUCAGCAUAUCUGCGGUGACAUCACUGAGCUCGAAACCGAGGUGAAGAAGUUUAGCCAGCAUCAAAGGAGCCUGGUGGCAGCCAUGCGUCGUUUCAGUGUGAUGAAGAAGGAGAGCAGUGUGACGAGGGACAUCAAGCUGCAGGCAGAGAGCAUCCACAGACGGCUGGACGCCCUCUCCAAGAAGGCACAGAGUUUAGAAGGCCUGCAGGGACUAGCUACAGCCACUACACGCAUCCAACGCUCCCAACACGCAGCGCUACACAGACAAUUCCAGCAGGUGAUGCGUUUGUACAACGACUCCAUUCUCAAUAAACAGGAGCGGUGCAAACACUUCAUCAUCCGGCAGCUGGAGGUGUCUGGUCGCGACGUCACCGAGGAGGAAGUGGACGAAAUGGUUUCUGCAGGGAAGUGGGAGGUGUUUAACCAGAACCUCCUCAACAAUGAACGCAUCACACGCUCUAAGCUGUCUGAGAUCGAGCAGAGACACAAGGAGCUGGUGAAUCUGGAGAGCAACAUGAAAGAGCUGAGAGAUCUGUUCAUGGAUGUCUUUAUGUUGGUGGAGGAGCAGGGAGACUACAUAGACCACAUCCAGACCAGCGUAGAGAAGACACAGGACUAUGUCACCGUCAGUAACGAGAAGUUUAAAAUGGCUGCCAGGUACAAGAAAAAUAACCCUUUGAGGAGGCUGUGCUGCUGUUGCUGCCCCUGGAGGUGAUGCACAUAGAGGAGAGACUGGAGACUGGAGAUGCCCCUGGAGGUGAUGCACAUAGAGGAGAGACUGGAGACCGGAGAUGCCCCUGGAGGUGAUGCACAUAGAGGAGAGACUGGAGACUGGAGAUGCCCCUGGAGGUUUUUCAGAUGGGGAGAGGAAGAGUUCUGGAGAGUCUGCAGGUGGCAUUUCACUUAUAAGAAUCUUCAGAGGAGACCGCGUGAAUCAGGCCUUCGUAGUCGAAUUGCUGCAAAGAAACCACUACUAAAGAACAUCAAUAAGAAUAAGAGACCUGCUUGUGCCAAGAAACACGAGCAAUGGACAUUAGACCGGUAGCAAUCUGUCCUUUGGUCUGAUGAGUACAAAUUUGAGUUUUUUGUUUCCAACCUCCGUGUCUUUGUGAGACGCAGAGUAAGUGAACAGAUGAUCUCUGCAUGUGUGGUUCCCACCAUGAAGCUUGGAGGGGAGGUGUGAUGGUGUGUGGGUGUUUUGCUGGUGACACUGUCAGUGAUUUAUGUAGAAUUCAAGGCACACUUAACCAACAUGACUACCAUAGCAUUCUGCAGCGAUACGCCAUCCGAUCUGGUUUAGUGGGACUAUCAUUUGUUUUUCAGAUGACCUGGCCUCCACAAUCACCUGACCUCCACCCAAUUGAGAUGGUUUGGGAUGAGUUGGAAAAAGCAGCAAACAAGUGCUCAGCAUAUGUGGAAACUCCUUCCAAAUGGUUGGAAAAGCAUUCCAGUUGAAGCUGGUUGAGAGAAUGCCAAGAGUGUACAAAGCUGUCAUCAAGGGUGGCUACUUUGAAGAAUCUAAAAUAUAAAUAUUUGUCUUGGUUACUACAUGACUCCAUAUGUGAUAUUUCAUGGUUUUGAUGUCUUCACUAUUAUUCUACAAUGUAAAAAAAAUAGUGAAAAUAAAGAAAAACCUUUGAAUGAG